AUGAUACCACCACAAACCGAAAUAAUUUUAGAGGGGAAAUUGGCCAAACAUGCCAAAAGCAGAAUAGGUAUGAUAGAGCCACGUUCUAGCAGCAAUAAUGCUGUUAGACAGGGGUUUAGUAUAGCGUGUGUUGUCGUAAAACCUGACAACAGAAUUGUGCCUUUGCGUGUUCUCAACGCGUCUAAUAGCCCGAUCGAAUUGACUGCUGGUGAGAAUUUAGCAGAUUUUUGUCCUUUGAUUGAAUCGUGCCUGUCUCAACCCAACAUUUGCGGGGCGGUUGGGAAUAAAAUAACCCCACAGGUUAUUUCAGAUAAAAUAGAGUCUAUUGUUGACCCAUCAUUACAAGGGGAAGAUAGGGGCAAGUUAAGAAAUUUGCUACUUGAGUUUUCAGAUGUUUUUGACGAAAGUUUAGGGCACACCAACAUCUUGACACAUGAAAUUAACACAGGAAAUAGCACGCCAAUUAAGCAACAUCCUCGCCGCAUUCCUUUUGCCCACCAUGAAGAAUCUGAGCGACAGAUCAAUGAAAUGUUAGAGAAAGGCAUAAUUCGUGAGUCAACAAGUCCUUGGUCUAGUCCCAUCAUUUUAGUUAAGAAGAAAGAUGGCGAAAUGCGCUUUUGUGUUGACUACAGAAAGCUAAACUCUGUCACUGUUGGCCAUGCGCACCCUUUGCCUUGCAUUGAUGAUAUAUUAGAUUCAUUAGGAAACUCGCACUAUUUUUCCACAUUAGAUCUAAAAAGCGCCUACUGGCAAAUUUCUGUUGAGGAAAAAGACCGUCAUAAAACUGCUUUUGUCACUCAGCGCGGUUUGUUUGAAUUUAACCGAAUGCCUUUCGGCCUUGUUAACGCGCCAACUAUGUUUCAAAGAGCCAUGGAUCUUGUGUUAAGUGGCCUUUCCUACGUAAUCUGCUUGUGCUAUUUAGAUGAUGUUAUUGUGUUUGGCCGUGAUUUUAAUGAACAUUAUAAUAGGCUGAAAACAGUUCUAGAGAGAUUGCGCUCACAUAAUCUUUUCUUCUAUUGCAAUGCCAUUACUACAGUUGACGCAAAAAGUGGCGCAAUUUAA